AUUGGCUCGCGCCUGGGGCUGGGGAAUACGAAAGCUCCAGCCAAUAGGAACGGAGGGGCCGGGGCCCCAGGUUGGCGUCCCCCGCUGGGGUGAUCUGGCGCAGAGCGGAGGAGGCGCUUGGGGCUCGCUCCUGCUCCUCCCCUCUCCUCGCGGCCUCCCGUGAAAUGUGGAUGACGCCCAAGAGGAGCAAAAUGGAAAUCGACGAGUCUCGGGGGUUCCGGGCCGAGUGGACCCAGCGGUACCUAGUGGUGGAGCCUCCGGAGGGCGAGGGCGCCCUGUGCCUGGUGUGUCGCCGCCUGGUCGUAGCCACGGGCGAGCCCGACGUCAGGCACCACUACGAGGCCGAGCACGACUACUACGAGCGGUAUGUGGCGGAGGGCGAGCGCGCGGCCCUGGUGGAGCGUCUGCGUCGGGGCGACUCGCCCGAGGCCGCCCCGCUCACUCCGGAGGAGAGGGCCGCUCGCGCAGGCCUCGGGCUCGCCCGCCUCCUGGCCUUGAAGGGUUGCGGCUGGGGUGAGGGGGACUUUGUGCACCGGUGCAUGGAGGUGAUGCUGCGAGAUGUGUUGCCGGAUCACGUGAGCGUUCUGGAUGGCAUUGAUUUAUCCCCGGAGAUCACGCGGCAGAGGGUCCUGGACAUUAACCAGAAUCUACGCAGUCAGCUUUUUAACCGAGCCAAGGACUUUAAAGCCUAUUCCCUUGCCUUGGAUGACCAGGCUUUCGUGGCCUAUGAGAACUACCUCCUGGUCUUUGUCCGCGGCGUGGGCCACGAUCUGGAGGUGCAAGAAGAGCUUCUGACCAUAAUCAACCUGACGCAUCACUUCAGCGUUGGCGCCCUCAUGGCGGCAAUCCUUGAGGCCCUGCAGACGGCGGGGCUCAGCCUGCAGCGGAUGGUUGGCCUGACCACAACCCACACCCUGAGGAUGAUUGGCGAGAACUCAGGACUGGUGUCGUACAUGCGGGAAAAGGCCGUCAGCCCCAACUGUUGGAAUGUGAUCCAUUACUCGGGGUUUCUUCACUUGGAACUGCUGAGCUCCUACGACGUAGAUGUUAAUCAGAUCAUAAAUGCCGUAUCUGAAUGGAUAGUUUUGAUUAAGACCCGAGGCGUCAGGCGGCCAGAAUUUCAGGCUUUACUAACUGAAUCUGAAUCAGAGCACGGUGAAAGGGUCAACGGACGCUGUCUGAACAGUUGGCUUAGAAAAGGGAAGACUUUAAAACUCAUAUUUUUCUUAAGAAAAGAGAUAGAAACGUUCUUGGUUUCGAUCGGGGCAACCACGGUCCACUUCACAGACAAGGAAUGGCUUUGUGACUUUGGCUUCUUGGUGGAUAUCAUGGACCACCUUCGAGAACUCAGCGAGCUCUUGAGAGCGAGUAAAGUCUUUGCUGCUGCUGCCUUUGACCAUAUUUGUGCCUUUGAAGUGAAGCUGAAUUUACUUCAGAGACACAUCGAGGAGAAAAAUCUAACACACUUUGCCGCCUUGAGCCAAGUUGUUGAUGAGCUUAAAGAGCAUCUUCAAGAAGACGAAAAAAUACUCGACCCUGGUAGGUAUCGAGUGGUGAUCUGUCGCCUACAAAAAGAGUUUGAGAGACAUUUCAAGGACCUCAAGUUCAUUAAAAAGGACUUAGAGCUUUUUGCAAAUCCAUUUAGCUUUAAACCUGAAUAUGCACCUAUUUCAGUAAGGGUGGAGCUAACAAAACUUCAGGCAAAUACCAACCUUUGGAACGAAUACCGAACCAAAGACUUAGGGCAGUUCUAUGCUGGAUUGUCUGCGGAAUCUUACCCUAUUAUCAAAGGGGUUGCCUGUAAGGUGGCAUCUUUGUUUGACAGUAGCAAAAUCUGUGAAAAGGCUUUUUCGUAUUUGACUCGAAACCAACACACUCUGAGCCAGCCGUUGACAGAUGAACACCUCCACGCCCUGUUUCGGAUUGCCACCACUGAAAUAGAGCCGCGUUGGGAUGAUCUUGUAAGAGGAAGAAACGAGUCGAAUCCGUAAAUUUUUGUAGUACAGCACUCAACAAGAAUGCGAUUCUGAAAGCAAACAUCUCUUUGGUUUUCAAGUUUACUAAUUUGGACUGUGGGAAAGCACCACGUUAUUCAUCCAAAUUGGUCACCAUUCAAAUUCUUCAGACAGAUUUUUUUUUUCCAUCCCAAGAGGCAGCAUGGGACUGAAACAUGCAGACACUUUUUUUUAAAACUUAAUGGCAAAGUCAUCUUUUGCUUUUAUGAUGUGAUUGUUUUUAAAGACGUUUAGUACUGAUAACAUGAUUUCUGGCUCUUCUGGGAUUUUAAAGUAAGUAAAUUUAACAAACUAUUAGAAGAAUGACUCGGUCAGCCCUUCUGGUCACUAGACAUUCAGUUCACUUGCUUUCCUACCUGCAGAAUGUCUUCAUCACCUCCCCAAGGAAGGUAACCCAAAAGUGACAUCUGGUCAACGUAUACUUCUUAGAUUUGCUGUAUUUCUUUGCUUUCUUGUUUGUGUGCCUCUGAACUUACUUUCUGGGUAACGUGGGCUGUCAGGCUUUGUGGGCGCGCCAUACCCUUAGACUCUUUUUCCCUGAGCCACUUUUUUCCAGUUUAAGGGAUUAACCAGUGUUACACUCUUAGUUGGACUUCUAGUCUGAGGCUCAUUAACUAAUUCAGAGGUUUUAACAGCAGGUGUGAUAGUCAUCUAGUGAUUUGAUCCUUGCUGCAAAACUGGGUUUUAGUCAACCUUUGGUGUAAAGGAUUUCUCGUUUUUAUCUCUUUGUAUUGAGAAGUAGCCUCUUCCUACCCAAUAAGUACUUGAGUUUGUGAACUCUCUUUAUUCCCUUGCAUUUCUGCUUGCAAACUGAUGAAUUCUUUGCUGAGUUCAUCUCUUUUCUGUCUGUUUUGUCAAAUGAAGCCAACCGCAACCAUAAAAUAUUUCGUUUUCUUGUCUUUUUUUUUUCUUGAGUAAAGGAUAGAUUCUCUGCUUUCCAGAUUCUCUCAAGGGACAGUCUCACCACUCCGUUAACAUGCAUCACCCCUGCAUAAGUUAUUUCUUCUAUCUUCCAAUAGAAGCAAUUUCCUGAAUGCCUGCCAACUAAGCCAAUGUUCAAUGCGCUAGAUUUUUUUAAAACAACCAGUUUCUGUAUGAGAAUGGGCUAGGUUACUGUGCGGUAACAACCACAAAAUUGCAGCUUUUCUCUUGUAGCUUGGCUAGGGGCUUUGCUCUAAGUCAGGGGUUGAAGAACUGUGGCCAUGGGCAAAAUCUGUCCUGCUGCCUGUUUCUAUAAAUAAAGUUUUCCUAGAAGACAGCCUUGCCCGUUUGUUUAUGCACUGUCUGCUUUUGCUCUACAGUGGCAGAGCUGAGUAGUUGUGGAAGAAAGUGUCUGGCCCACAGAGUCUACAAUAUUUACCAUAUGACCCUUUACAGAAAAUGUUCAUUGAUCCCAGCUCUAAGUGGUCCUCAUUCUGGGACUCAGGCUGACCAAGCAGAUAUCAUGUAGGGUGUUGCUGCCCAUUUGGGGAAAUGAAAAAGUAUGACAAAUCACUUAUAGGCCCUUAAAGCACUUUCAUUGGCCAAAGCACAUCACACGGUCACACCAAAGUUCAAGGAGGAGUGUAAUUCUUCCUGCUGCCUUGGAAGAAAACCAGAAAUAUUUGGAAGACAGUCCUACCAACUAACACAUAGUUAUAUCUCUCUAUAAAAUUUCUUUGAAAAUGUUUUUUCUUUUUCAUUGAGGUGAAAGUUUACAUUCAGCAAAAUGCAAAUAUUUAGUGUACACCUCAGUGGAUGUUUAUAUACACCCUUGAACCCAUCACCCUAUCAAGAUAUUGAACAUUUCUGAACAGUCGGUGCCCUGUGCCCCACCCCCACACACAAAUAACUGCUAUUCUGACCUUUAUCACCAUGGAUCACUUUUGACUGUUUUAAAGCUUCUUGUAAGUGUUAUAUGUACUGUUUUGUUCAGCAUCGUGUCUGUGAGUCAUCCAUGUUGUUGCGUGUAGCAGCGAGUUGUUUUUUACUUCUGUCAUAUUCCAUUGUAUGACAUACUGCAAUUUAUGAAUCCAUUCUACUGUUGAUAGAAAUUUUGGUUGUUUCCAGUUUGUGGUUAUUAUAAAUAAAGUUGCUAUG